AUGGACGCUCUCCCGCCUUAUGGGUAUACCUCGCAAGCAUCCAGCAUUCUAAGUGUUCGAUACUGUGAGCUCGUGAAUCCAACAUUCUUUCUGGCAUGGUUAGCUUCCGUUUCCGGCGGCAUCACUUUGGGCUUUGAGAUAAUUUUGUUUAUCAUGAUGGUCUACCGCUGCUUGUGGCACUUGCGAGAGCGCAGGCCAGCAGGCUCUGUAUAUCGCUUCAAGAGCGCUGCAGAGAUGCUCUUACAGCAAGGCGUCCUUUAUUUCGUUUGGUUCGCCAUCAGGCAGGUGGUAGCAGCGGUUGCCAGGUUCUCGUCAAUAUUUAGCCAGCUUGGAAUCUUCAUCAUCGUGGACAUAGGUUGGGGGCUCCAAGUAAUGCUCCUCUGCAUGCUUGGGCCAUGGUUUAUUCUGUCUAUCCGCAAAAACCACAUGGAUUCAGUGAAAGGAGGCACUGAUAUGACAAUGCAAACACUAAGCACAAUCGAAUUCCGGUCAUUGGACCUCCCUGCUGACGAAGUGGACGACAUAAUGCUCGCUCAGCUGGUGCAGCAGGCAGAGGAUGCUGUCAGAGUUACCGUAAGAGAUAGUAUCCCGCGUCCGGCGGUGAUCAGUACCAUCGGUUCAUUACCAUCACAGGCGAUUGGCGAUUGGACAUUCCGUAUCUACGUACAAACCCAACUACGUCGUCCUGUGCGCUGUAACUACGUCGGGAUAUACCGCAACCAGGAUCUUGACCUUACGAUGACCUUCACGUCAAAUUCCCUCAAUGCCAUACCCGAUAUCAUUACCUUCAAACAGAAUAGUUAUGUCAUUGUAUGUCUCGCGGCAUUGGUUGUUUGGGACCACGCACUUUCUUUGAGUCAAGAGAUUGACUUCAUCUGGGCGAGUAUCCUCAACCUAGUGUUUCAACAUACAAGUUCUAAUAGAACGCCACAUCCUCAGAAACGUGAACGUUCUUGGAUAUCGUGCUGUUAUGUGUUUUUCUUAUCAGAACCUGACCGAGGAAUAGCUACGUUACGUGGGCUUGAUAUAUGCACUAGGCAUAAUCUGUACCUUCUCACCGUAGCCGUAAAUAUCGCGGAAAGUUUACCACCACUUGCCUACACCUCGCAAGAAGGCAUCUUGUUUGGCACUCAGUGGUGCAUCGAAUUCAAUCCAACCUUGUCUAUUCCAUGGUUGGCUCCAACAUCCUCCGCACUUUACCUGGGGUUCGAAAUUGUCCUAUUUAUCAUGAUGAUCUAUCGCACUAUAUGGCACCUAUGGGAUCACAGACGGAAAGGACCUCAGAUCCGGUUUCAGAGUGUUGCAUGUCUGCUUUUACAGCAGGGUCUCAUGUAUUUUGCGCUGUUUUCUGCGUGGCAGUUGAUAGCCCUUAUCACUCUAUCCGCAGGGGAUUUGACCCCGUUGAAACUUGACAUCCUGAAUGAUAUAGGGCAAUGUCUUCAAACACUACUCUUAUGUGUCCUCGGGCCGUGGUUCAUUCUAUCCAUCCGCAAAGACCAUGUGGAAUACGAAGAGGAAUGCACAAACAUGAUGAUACAGACCAUAAACUCUCUCGUCUUUCAACCGCUUAACCCUCUUCUAGGCCAUUCAGACAAGGUGGGAGGUGUAGAGUCCCUCGGGCGUGAGGAGAGGGAAUGUGUGACCGUGUAAAAAAAAGGUAUUAUGGGAGGGUUAAUAUGGAGAACAACAUUUACAUUUGAUGAGCGUAUGGUAUUGCGUCAUAUGGUUCUUGCCCUCCAUCUAGCUCAUGACAUAGAGUCUGGUCAGUCAUAUCAUUAAAGCGAGAUAAACCAUAGCGAACGUAUUGUCUAAUGUUAUUAUUCAAUGAACCUUGGAUCAUAUCACUGGUAUUUUUGUUGAGUCGUCUAUGUCUCUCGAUUACCAGUGUCUAUUCUGCACCACUGCUUAAUUUUCUUGCAAUACCUUUUCCGGUUUGAAUUCACGCUGUCUGUUCGAAAUUAACUUGGCG